AUGGACCCACGGUACCUCUCCGCCGAAUCCUUGAGCCAAAAAAGCCCGUUCGUGGCCCAGGCCACUCUGAAUCUGCAAUCGCCUGCUGGUGCUGCGAGCUCUUUGCCUGCUAUGUUGCAAUCUCUGGAGCCUUGGGUAGCUGCUAGCACUCGCCGUAACCUUCCUUCGGUUCCAGCUGCUUGUCUUGUUUGCCGCAGAAGGCACCUUAAAUGCGAUGGACAACGCCCUUGUUCCCGCUGUAGAACUGCUAAUCUUGAUUGCGUCUAUGCCGCUUCCCGCCGCGGAUAUAACGGCCGUAAACGCACAGCUACUCAAUCCUCUAGUCAUCGUGCAGCACCAAAGACCCUUGUCCCUAUUGUUGACCGCACAGCCACGGUAGUCGGUUCUGCUCCCGCGGCGCCUGCGCUGGAAUUCCCUUCUGUCUUUGAUCCCACCAUGUUUUUCGGUAAUGUCGCAAGUCACUCGAGCGUUGACACAAGCUUCCCAAUUGCCGCGUUCUCUCAAACUAUUGCGUCAACUAGUUUGCCUGCCUUUUCUUCUCAGACUCUGUUUGGUGGCACUGGCAACGAAGUACCUCGGGCACUUCCUCUGAGAGAACGUUACAUCGAGUCGUUUUAUCUAAAUUUCUACGCCGCUCAUCCCUUUAUACCGCCAAAGGAUCUUCUUCUCAUCUUAGCACAGCGGACCUCCCUGGAGCCCCUGCUUGCAGCUAUGCGUUGGAUUGGUUCUCUAUACAUCGAGCAAGACAGCUCUCGCAGCCUUUUAACAGAUGCAUCACGCCUAAUAGAUGGUACGCCUCUCAAAAACGGCUUCUUAGUGCAGGCUAUGUUGCUUGUCAUCAUUGGACUUGACGGCAAUCGUCAAGGAAAAAGGGCCAAAAAGCUCAUGGCAAAUGCCCGGGAUAUCUCGAUUCAAAUUAAAUUAAACACGCAUCCAUUUGCAGCCACCAAUGGACAAGGAAUUCCGAUACUUGAGGAGAGCUGGCGGAGGACAUGGUGGGAGCUUUACAUUGUGGAUGCCCUUAUGUCGGGUGUGCAUCAAACCAACAUCUUUAUUCUGUAUGAUGUACCUACGGAUGUCGGUCUGCCUUGUGAGGAGUACCAAUAUCUCACAGGGCAAAUACCUCCCCCCAUUCACCCAUACGAUACGGAAAACUUGGGACUGUUUGAUGGCAGGCCGUUUUCAUCGUAUACCUAUCGGAUCCAAUGUGCCUGCCUCUUGGGUACCCUUCAAAAAAUGCCAACACAGGUCGACCAUGUCGACAGGCUCCUCGCCAACUGGAUGCUCCGCUUACCUCCUUCAAAAUAUGACGCUUAUUGCAAAGGCGAGUUAGAUGAGAUGAUGUUCCAGGCCAUUAUGAUGUGGCAGGCUAUUUCUAUUCUCUUACACCAGCCUCAUUCACAACUGGAUCCAUCUUUGACUUAUAAUAUUAAGGCCUGCGUCCCCAACACGCCAGCUGUGUCCAGCGAUGCCUUGAAUUCGCAUACGAAACAUACGAUUCGGGCUGCGAGGGAACUUAGCAAGUUGAUCAGCCAACGCGUUCCUCUCCUCAAACACACUCAUUUCUUUGCUUACAUGGUGACACUCUCAUCGACAAUCCACCUCAGCAGAUGGUCAUUGACCUUUGUGGCCGAAGAUGAUGAGGAUCUACGUCAAAAUAUGGGUCGAAAUAUUGGGGCACUUAUAAAAUAUGCUGAGAUGUGGCCUAUGGCGCAACGUUUGGGACUGCAAGUAAAACAAAUUGCAAAAAAGGUGUAUACAACGAAGAAGCACCAGCAACAACAGCCUUCAAAAUAG